UUACCAGUCUUUGAAGAUCUACAAUAAGGUUGUGAAAUAAUUGUGGCCUUUUGUCACCAGCUAAGAUGUUGGAAGAAGAUAUGGAAGUGGCCAUCAAGGUGGUGGUCGUGGGAAAUGGAGCUGUUGGGAAGUCCAGUAUGAUCCAGAGAUAUUGCAAAGGGAUUUUUACAAAAGACUACAAGAAAACUAUUGGAGUUGAUUUCCUGGAACGACAAAUUCAAGUCCGUGAUGAAGAUGUCCGAUUAAUGCUGUGGGACACAGCAGGUCAAGAAGAAUUUGAUGCAAUUACCAAAGCUUAUUACAGAGGAGCCCAGGCUUGUGUGCUUGUGUUUUCCACUAUUGAUAGAGAAUCUUUUGAAGCAAUCCCUAACUGGAAGGAGAAAGUUGUAUCUGAAGUUGGAGAGGUACCUACAGUUCUUGUUCAGAACAAGAUUGACCUUCUGGAUGAUUCUUGUAUAAAGAAUGAAGAAGCUGAGGCAUUGGCGAAAAAACUAAAAUUAAGAUUCUACCGAACGUCUGUAAAGGAAGACUUAAAUGUAACAGAAGUUUUCAGGUAUUUGGCUGAGAAGUAUCUUCAAAGACUGAAACAACAAACAGCUGAAAAUCCAGAAGUAGUACAUACGAGUAGUAACAAAAUUGGUGUUUUCAACACAGCAGGCGGAAGUCACUCUGGCCAGAAUUCUAGCAUGCUUAAUGGUGGUGAUGUCAUCAACCUUAGGCCUAACAAACAACGGACCAAGAAGAACAGAAGCCCUUUUAGCAACUGUAGCAUACCCUAAAGUUCUAAACAGAGAAGACAGUCUGACAAAAGCAUUUCAGCUGAAGUCAGCAAGGAAUACAGCUGACUGUAGUGGUCCAGUACUUUCACAAGUGUUCCACACAUGGGAUCCCACACUGGUAGUGGAUAUUGCUGCUGCAAUGAAUCGUUGGUACAUAGUUAAGACUAGUGGUGGCACAGGAAUAGAACCAUUGCCCCAUGCAUUCAUUUUAUGUUGAAUAGGACAACUUUCAGGUUGAAAGGUAUGAUGUAUUAAAGUGCAUAACAAGUCUCACUUUUUAAAAUUCAACUGAAAUUCCUAAAUCUCAGUACCGCUCAUUCUGUCUUAAGAUAAAAUAGUUUUUCUUUCUUAACUGACUGGAUGAUUCAUUAUGCAGUUGUUUUAAAACAGAAGUUUAUAAUUUGUUGAACUACUCCAGUGCAGAUUCUGGCAGUUUCAUUGGUACAAUAUUUGUAUUGUUUAUAAAUUCUAACUGCAGUGUGCAUCUAUAGGUACUUGGUGAAAGAGUCAGGCUAAAGAUAAGAAGGUACUUGACGCAAUUACAUUGUCCUGAUAACUAAAGUAGCAUCCUCAAACAAUUCACCACUUUUAAAAUUGCUGACACCUUAGUCAGCCUUUCCAAAACAAUACUGUGCAUGUUUAAAGUUCUCCCAACAGUAUGGGCCUUUUUAAAUACAGUUUUGCUGUGCCAAAUAAUGAAUUUUUAUGCUGCUACACUUAAAAAUAUUUUUGUCAAAUUCAUUUGAUACACUUUCUAAAUUUUAACUAAAUAAAAGGAAUAGUCAAGUGAAGCACGUCAAGUUUCCUUUUUAAAAAGAAAGAUUUAUAGCUUAUAUAUUCAUAUGGUAUUAAUUUUUGGAAAAGAUGAUCAAAUAUUGAAGAGAUUUAUUACCCAAAUAUUAAAUACUUUUAAAAGCAUUUUUCCAGUGCAUCUUGUAAUAACUGUUGUGAAUCUCAUGUUCAAUAAGGUCCUCUUCCUUUUCUGUCAUUUCAGGAUGCACCUUGCUCUUAAUCACAUUGUGCGAAUGUAAGGCCACAGGUUUACUUAGGCGUAAGUCUCAUGAACUGUGGGCUUACUACUGAGUAAAUGUGCGUAAGGCUAGGUUCUAAGUCUAAUGGAAAAUGAUAUACUACUAUACAAUGGGUUUAGGAUCAGGAUGUUAAAAUAGUUGUUUAGUGUUACAGGAUCAGUGGCAACAUGUUAAUGUGUUUGCUUUGUUCUUUUUCAAAAGCAUUAAUUCAUGCAUGCAUUUUCAGUAUGAAUCCCAUAUACAUGUUUAAUAAUUCUGCAAUAUUUGUGUGGCAAAGUUCAGCCAGCAUCAAAUUUUCUGUUUCCAAAGUAUAUUGGCAUAUCACUAGUUUUGGUGCAUAGAUUAUGUUCAACGAUGGUUCACAUGAUGUGGCACUGUAGCUUCCUCAGCCUGAGUUGUAUUGAUGUGUUGGAUAAAAUCGUCUAUUGCUAUGAGUAUUACUUUAAGGUACCGCAUCAGUUGCUUUUACAGAAUGUACUCAUCGCCAUUGAAAUACUGUAUUUGUGUUAGAAAGUAUGUCUUCAUCUGGCAUUUACAUUGGAGAGGGCUUUUAGUAUUCCAUGAGUUUUUAUACAAUAAAUAUAACUUGUAUACAUUUCA